GAAACAACCAUGUUACCCAGGAGUGACUACUGUGCAUUUAUUCGGUUAACGAUGCUUUUCAGCUUGUCAAACUUGACGAUUUUGACGUUUCAGUUUUAACAAGUACAAAUUUGCUCCAGCUUCGAAGAAAGUGUCCGCUGAGUUUAUUUCUGAAACGGUGACCGUAGUCAAUCUGUAUGCAACUGCUACGCGUUGCCUCGACGAUGUCUUACCAGGGAUCACCAUAUUCGGGCCCAGCGGACGAAUACGACUUUGAGGACGACGGGUACGACGAUAUAGACGAAUACAGGGACCCGGAAGACACAUUACAGCAACCGCCUGCUGAAGAUAGCGAUGAAGACACUGAGGAGGCAAGUGAAACAGACAUUCCCAACAAUGAUGAGCCAGUUGAACUUAAAGAACAGAUGUACCAAGACAAACUGGUGAACUUGAAGAAGCAGUUGCAACAGCUGGAAGACAACAUUCACCCUGAGUUCCUGAAGAGGGUGAAGCGGUUGGAGCACCAGCUGCAUGAGAGGCUACGCAUCAACAGGAUAUACAAAGAUCACAUGUAUGAUGUCGUAGAGAGAGAGUAUGUGGUGGAGAAAAAAGCGGCUGCAAAGGAGUUCGACGAGAAGAAGAUAGAGUUGCGGGAGAACCUGCUCAAUGAUUUUGAAGAGAAGAGGAAGCUUAUAGAAAGUGAACGCCAUAGUAUGGAGUUAAAUGGAGAUUCUAUAGAGGUAAAACCGCCCAUGAAAAGGAUACUGCGGCGGCGCGCCAACGAGCCCGCGCCGGCGCCCGAGAAGCGCCGCAAGCCGCUGGCGACCACGCUCACGUUCCAGCUGGACGAGCGCGACAUCGACGCCGACCUGCGCGCCAUCGCACGCGCCACGCCGCCGCCGCGCCACGCGCCCGCCAACCACCAGCCCAGGAAACAUCUCAACUCUAACAGCUGUGAUUCACCUAUACGCGAGAGCGGAGCGAGUGCCGGAGCGGGUGGCGGGUCCGGAGCGGGCGCGGGGAGCGGCGCGGGCGCGGAGGCGGAGACGCGUAUAGAGGACGGCAAGCUGCUGUACGAGCGGCGCUGGUUCCACCGCGGGCAGAGCGUGUACGUGGAGGGGCGCGACAUGCCGCGCUUCCCCGCGCACAUACACGCCAUUACCGACGAGGCGAUAUGGGUGAAGAAGACCAACUUGGAGCGAGUUCGGAUAUACGUGUCGCAGUUAGCGCGCGGCAAAGUUACGUUGAAGCGGCGCGCCUCGUAAUGUACUGUGCGUUGUCACUUAGUGGUUAUGUUGAUCUCGACGCUCAGCGGCGUGCAUAGGGCUGCAGACCAGGGUAUGUACUAGACAAACAUGGUAUACAGCAAAAUGUAACACAUUCACAAAGUCUUUUGUUACUUUUGCAUAUAAUGUUCUUAUAAAGAGUUUGUUCGGGGUACAUUCUCCAGACUUGUUUGACAUUAUUUGACAGAGUGGUCGAACUCAUCACCGAGGGGUGGUGGUUCGAUCCCCGUCUAGUUUGAGGGGAAUGUGGAAAAUUGGUAAAAUUUUAAAAAAAGGAUAUUGAAUACCUUUUUUUUAAAUUAUAAUUAAUUUGUAUUGCUAUUAAUUUGUAUUACUACAAGUUUAUUUGACUCUGUGGCCAAAACUGAAACAAACGCAGCGGUCGCCAUUUUGAAAAACAUUAUAAUCGACAUCCAGAUAUUGUGGCUUAAAAGCGUUUGUUAGUAGUUAGUACACACUUCUUUGUUUACGGAUGUGAAGUCCAAGGUUCGAAUCCCAAGUUGGGCAAUUUAAAUUGGCACAUAUGUGCCACACAAAAUCCUUAGUCCUUAGCCUGAUCUCUCUUGGGUCUUAACUACCCAAGUGAUUAGGAAAGUGAGUAUUGAAAGUGCACAAGUGAAUGCACUUGUACACUAGAACACCUCGUAAAUGAAAUGGAAUGUCGAGAGGUAUUUAUAUAGUACACGCUAGAUUUUAUAUAUAAAUGAUGCAUUUUUAUAUUGUAAAGUGCCAAUAAUUAAUUUAAAGUUAUAUGGAUGUAAAUAUAAUUUUCAAUGAGAUUUGAUGAUAUACGUACUGGUAUAGAUCACAAUGAAUAUGUUUAUUUAAUUAUUUUGGGUUUUUGUUUGUUUAAUGAAAUGCCUUUUAUCAGAACUAUAGUCAUAGUCUAUACACUAUUCAAUAUCAAUUGAGAACUGUAAGGCCUACUUCGGACUACUUUAGUAUUUUAGUCGAGUACGAACAUUUUUUGGAUUUACUGGCCAAAUAUUUAUCGUACUCGCCUAAAACACUGAAGUAGUCUGUACGGCCUAUUAGGGAACUAAGGAGUAGUCUAAAAAAAUCCAUAUUUUAUAUUCUCACCACUGAAAUCGAAUAUAGUUUCACUUGUUAUUCCUGCCAAAUCUAUUAAAAUGUUUUUCAAAUAGCAUGGUGCGGGUGACAGUUCGUUUCGCUCUUGAAAGUUGGCCGCGUUUCGCGAUAACAGUACGUGUUAUGGACGUCAUUAGGCAACUGUCACCGUACCCAUGCUAUCUGAAAAACACUAGGUCCCUGCAACACUCGAGUAAAUCCACAUUUAUCACAUUAUAUGAUAGCUUUCUAAGCCAGCAGGAUAACCAAUUGAAAUUGAAUAUAGCAGUAAAAUGUGGGAAAUAAUAAGAAAAAGCACUAAAGAAAUCUGUAAUGUCUAAUUUUGUUUUUAAAUGUCGCGUUUUCAAUAAUGGAUAAACUAGUAUAUGGUUAAAAUAAUCGGCAUAUUCCAAUAAAUAAAAGACCCUACAGGCGUAAUAAACGUCUGACAUAUCUAGCUACUCGAAAUACAUAUUGUCGACCAAUAGCAGGAUAAUUGAAAAUAUAUCUCUCUCUCUUUCGUCCCAUUGUAACGAAAGAAAGAGCAAUAUUGUCGAUUGCGCCGAGAAACAUCACGUGAUAUCUCGUAACGCCCUGGAUCUAUUUUAUAGUUAAGUCUAUUUGUAAAUAUUUGUGGUAUUAAAUUUAACGAAUUAAAAGGGCUUCAGAGAUUUUUGAAUGGCCAGCCGCCAUUUUGAUUUUUUUUCGAAAAUAUUGUUGCAUGUUGAAGCCUCUAUAAAUCGAUAUCAUUAUCUACAUGAAAUAAUAAAAAUUGCCAAUAUAUUUUAUUAUCAACUAGGUAUAGGUCGCGGCCUAUAACUUGAACUAUGCGGAGUAACUCAUUUUAGCGACGACGUACGGUCAAGUAACCAUAGCAACAUUUUGACGUCAUUAAAAUAGCGUACGAAACGUUUAAUUAUGUGACCAAUUUGUUUUAAUGUACUGGGCGAUCACGCAGCAAGGGUUUAAUAUUUUGCUUAUUCACUAUCUUUGACGUAAUUGCUACGAGUAGUUAACAAAAUUAUUAAGUACGAAAUGUCAUCCAGUGCUUACUGGUGAAUAUAAUAUGUACUCUAAGAUGUCAUUUUGUCAAUUGAUUUGAUGUUUAUUGUAGGUUGAUAAUAAAGACCAAAAUAGUUAAUAGGCCAGCACAUGACCGCCAUUACAGUUCAACUUGCUUGCCGGGAUCUAUACAAGCAACUAUACUUUGCUCUGAAGCCUUAUUAAAAUUAAAAUAUCUUGCCUAAUUUCGGCAUUGUCUGUGGUAUCAACUGGUUGGAAGGACAUAGGCGAUAGCCAAAGAAUGGGUUCAAUUCCCGCCAUUUCCAAAAUUAUUUGACAUUAUGUGUAUAUCUAAAACUAACUCAAAUAGAUUUAUUCAUUUAGCUAGGUCUCAAACUGCAAUAUAAUUUGGUGGAAUAUCAAAAUGGCGGCCGGUUAGUUAAAAUUUUAUAACAUUCCUUAACAACCAAAACAAAGUACGUCUAAUGAAAUCGACGAGUAUACGUUUAACAUUUAACAUUGAAUUGUUCCUAAUUAUAGAGGACAUAACAAAUGUAGUAGUUUCAGUAAAUUCUUAUGUACAGGAUGUCCCAUAAAUAAUGGAUUGGAUUAGUUUUAGAUUAGCAGACGAUGUAGCUUCCACUUCAGUUACUUGCGGGACAUCCUGUAUACACACUCUUUAACCAAUGGAUAAUAAUUGUAAAAGGUUGUUGGUGGAAAUUUUAAUUUUUAGACUAUUUGGAUGAUAAAACAAUAAUUGUUUUUUAUUUUCUGAUUGUAAAAAGACAUGAAUGACUCUUUUUACAAAAUCAAAGUACUUUACAGUUUUUCUCUGAUUUAAAUUAUUAUUUUACAUAAUGAAUGUAAAUUAUAAAAUAAUAAUCAUGUCAACAAAUUAAAUGGAAUGGUUAUCAUUACAUAUACCUAUGUUAUGUAUUUUUCUUUACUCACAAUGUUGUAAAUAUGUAAAUAAAUGUAAAUAUCAUCUUUAAUUAUUAAGAUCAAAUACCGCGUAUUGUAAAUGAAGUCAUUUUUGUAAUACGCCUUUAUUUUUAAUAUUUUUUUUUCAAACUUUGUGAUCGAAUUACUAUGUAUAAAUGAGAUGUGACAGAUUGUAAAUAAUUAUAAUAUAGUAUGAGAUGAUCGCUCAUUGUAGAUGAUAUUUGAGAACAAGAUCUUUUAAAUAUAUACCUAUGUAUUAUAAAUGAGAAA